AUGUCUACUGAAGAUUUUGAAGCAUUUGAAGCAACAAGACAAGCCAUGGAUGAGCUCAUGGAGGCAUUUGGAAAUGAUGAGAUCACUACUAUUGGGGUCUAUGGAAUGGGAGGGGUUGGGAAGACUACCAUGGUGAAACAUGUUGGUGAACAAGCACAAAAAAUGGGGCUAUUUCAUCAUGUUAUUACGGCUGUUGUGUCCCGAAGACCUGACUUGAGAAAAAUUCAAGGCACAUUUUCAGAUCUGCUCAACUUUAAAUUUGAGGAGGAGACAGAAAUGGAAAGAGCUGCCAGGUUGAGGGAGAAGAUAACAAGAGGAAGCAGGAUCCUCAUAAUCUUGGAUGACAUUUGGGACAGAGUAGACUUGUCGAGCAUUGGAAUUCCUAGCUACAACGAGCUUCAAAGAUGCAACUCCAAAGUCCUACUAAUCACGCGGAGAUUGAAUGUUUGUCAUUCCAUGGAGAGCCAAGCAAACAUUCAACUCAAUAUCUUGUCAGAAGAAGAUGCUUGGAACCUGUUUGUGAAGAAAACGAGAAAGUCUAUUGAUGAGUCAACAAAGUUCUAUGAUGUAGCAAGGACAGUGGCAAGAGAAUGUGCUGGUAUUCCAGUUGCAUUGAUAGCAGUUGCGAGGGCGCUUAAAGAUAAAGGUUUUGAAGAAUGGAAAGAAGCAGCUCGACGUCUUCAGAUGUCUCAACAUGCGAACGUUGAUGAUGAUGAGAGAGAUGUGUAUGAAUGUAUAAAGUUAUGUUAUGAUUACUUGGACUGCAAUGAUGCCAAGUCUUGCUUCUUGCUUUGCUGCUUAUUCCCCGAAGAUUAUGAUAUCCAAAGUGAAGAACUGAUGAAGUUUGGAUUCGGAAUAGGAUUGUUUCGACAUGUCAACAGCACAAUAGAAGAUGCAAGAGUCAUAGCAAAUUCAGUGAUGAAAUACCUUAAUGCUUCUUGUUUGCUUUUGGAUGGUAUAAUGGAUGGAUGUGGCCGGUGGAUGCAGACGAGGGCUUCUCAGCAAUCUCACUUAUGGAGAACGACAUUUGCAAGCUUCCUCAAGAAUUGGGUCCUAGAUCUUAGAGGUACUAGUAUUUCAGUACUUCCUCUAUCAUUCAGUCUCCUAACCAACCUCCAAGCUUUGUAUUUGGAUUAUUGCAACAAGAGAAGAAUUGACAUAUCUAUACUAGGGCAUCUGAAGAAACUUGAGAUUCUUAGUAUGACAGACUGUCAUAUUAAGGAAUUCCCCAAAGAAAUAGGAAAUAUGACCAAUUUAAGGAUGUUUAAGUUCAGCAGUAGAUUUGGUAUUAAGAGAAUUCCAUCUCAUGUGAUAUCAAGGUUGGAAAAAUUAGAAGAACUUUACUUGCAAUGUAAGUUUGGGGACUGGGGUAGAAAAGUUGGAGGACGCUAUUCCUCUUCUUUCGGUAAGAAUGCUGAGUUUCAUGAGGUAACUGGCUUGUCACGUUUGAAUUUGCUGGAGGUCCCCCUAUCUGAUGCACAGUGCUUGCCUCAAACUGUUAAGUUUGCUCCAAACUGGGUAUCUUUUGUUAUAUUUAUAGACAAGUCAGCUGGAUGGCCCAUGCCAUCCAGUUUGGAACAUGACUUUCCUCAUCUUUGUUCAAGAGCAUUGAGUCUUAACACUGCCAUCAAUACCUUACCAGAUUGGUUUAACAAAGUGGUGACAGAGAAAGCAGAGAAACUAGACUAUGUAGAGUGCAGAGGCUUAAACAACAUUAUUGAGGAGUAUGACCAUGGGAGAUUACAUGCAUUGAAGUAUCUCGGAUUAUAUGGGAGCCAUGAGAACAUGAAAGAGCUGAUGAACACAAGAACAAGGGUUUCAAAUAGACCCAUGUUCGAGAACUUGGAACAGUUGAAUGUGAAAAAGGCAGAUUGCCUUGAGGAUAUGUGUGUUGGUGAAUUACAACCUGGUUCUCUGUGCAAUCUUAAGUUAUUGGUGGUGGCAUAUUGUCAUAAAAUUGUGAAUGCACUUUUACCACUAAACUUGUUGCAAAGAGUACAAAAGUUGGAAACUCUAGUUUGCCACCAUAUGAACAGAAUGGACUAUGUGUUUGAAUUUGCAGCGCUGGAACCAGAGCAAGUUAUCUUAACAGAGAAGAAAGAGAUGAAGCUGCUCGUUCUAGGGGCACUGAUAAGCAUAUGGAAAGAUCCUGCUCCAUAUGCAAACUUUCAUAAUCUCAAGAGUUUGGAAGUUUAUGAAUGCACAAAACUGAGAAGUCUCUUCACAUUGGAUGUAGCUGAAUGUCUUCUGCAAUUGGAAGACCUAUCGGUUGGGAGCUGUAGUGGCUUGGAUAGAGUUAUUGAAGCAAGCAACGAAAUAGAGAACAAAAAUAUUGUUCUUCCAAAACUCAAGGACCUACUCUUGAAAGAUCUUCCAGAGCUCACAAUGUUUUGCGUAGUACAACUGGAAGUGUAA